AUGCUGUCUGGAAUAUCUAUGCGUUCUUUACGAACUCGAGUGCCUUGGGAAAAGAAAGGUGUUUAUCACCAUUUCAUCCACUUUUCUCAUAUACUCUCUCAGAGUAAUAUGAUUAAAUUUCCAUAUUUAUGUACACUUCAUGGUGGAGGUUAG